AUGUCAACUCUUCCUGAAUCAAAAUUAAAGAAAUUCAAACAGAGGUUUGAAGAACUUGAUAUAAACGGGACAGGUUCACUUACACGCGAAACUGUUGCGCAAAUUUUAGAAGAAGAAGGCAACGAACUCGAAAGAUUAAUGGUGAUUAUUCUUUUUGAGAAGUAUGAUUCUAACAAAGACCAGCUGAUUCAACUCGAUGAAUACCUAAAUUUCUGUACUGAGAUGUACCAAUUAUCGGACAAAGAGAUUCUUCGAAAAAUUUUUGAUUUCUGCGACAAAGACCAUAAUGAAAAACUUGACCUCAAUGAAGUUGUAAUGCUUGGCAGACAAAUGGGUAAAAAUGUUACUGAAUCAGACGCUUCUGCAACUAUUCGGGCCUUAGAUGCGAAUCACGAUAAUACUAUUGAUUUUGAAGAAUUUUGUGCAAUUAUCAAUUAA